AUGAGACUCAAUGAACCACCUCAGCAACAGGUUCCCCAACUCACUGGGGGAACAGAGGCAACUUGGCAGCCCCUGUGCGAGGGGAUGCCAGACCCACAGCAGCUCAGAAUUCAUGAGUUCCAGACAUCUGCCAGCCUCGGCCUCCCUGGAAGCUCCAAUACAGGGAGGCACUACUUCAGAAAGCCAGUGACUUACUGGGAUACAUGCAUUGCACCAGUAGAGGGGAGGGAUCCCGACUUCAAGGGGCUCUGGGCUCCUAAGGGCUCUUCCAACGGGGCCCAAAUUUGGUCGUUUCUACCAUGCCAGAAAGCUUUCAGGACAGCUCUGCACCUAGCCUGUGCCAUCGGUUUCCCCGAUGUUGUGUGUCUCCUGGUGGCAAGACACUGCCAGCUGAAUGGGUGUGACAACAACAGCAACACACCCCUCAUCAAAGCUGUACAGUGCCAGCAAGAGGAGUGUGUGAGCAUCCUGCUCCUCCAUGGGGCAGACCCCAAUAUGGUGGAUGAGAGCAGCAGCUCGGCCCUCCAUUAUGCUGCAGCUGGAGGGAAUCUAAGAAUAGUAGAGAGGCUGCUAGAAAGCAAAGCCAAUAUGGAGGCAAGAGAUGAGUUAAAAGCCAAUUUUCUGAACCCUAAAGGGUUGUACCAGCUAAGAUGGAAAUCAAGUCAUGUUGGCUUCCCGUGUCUUAGAAUUCCUAUGUUCUUGGAAGCGUUUCUUUAUGGAAAACCACUUAAAAUCAUUCUGGGGUCCUCCCUGAUUGCCCUCUGCAAUUGUGACAUUUUCUUUGUGCUGGGUGGGAUGGGGACCCCAGUGGCUUGGUGAUCUCCUCGUAGAGCAGAGACUUGGCACCCUUUUGAACCCUGAUUUUCUCUCUCAGAACUGAAACUACCUAUUGGUUAUUGGUCCUAAGGCAGAAGAACAGCAGGGGCUAGGCAAUGGGGGCUAAGUGACUUGCUCAGGGUCUCUCGGCUAUGAAGUCUCUGACAGCAGAUUGGAACCCAGAAUCUCUUUUCUCCAGGUCUGGCUCCCUAUCUACUGAGGGUAGUGACAAAAUUGGGACAUUCAUGUACUGCUGUUGGAGUUAUGAAUUGAUCCAACCAUUCUGAAAAGCAAUUUGGAACUAUGCUCAAAGGACUUUUUAAAGACUCUCUGCCCUUUGAUCCAGCCAUACCACUGCUGGGUUUAUACCCCAAAGAGUUAAUGAAGGAAAAAGUCUUCAUACAAAAAAUAU